UGUCAGAGGGGGAGAUUAGUUUAGUGAUCGUCCGCGAUCGAGUAGUGAAAGUACGUGUGCAGCAAGAGAUAGGGCAACAAUUGAAAAGAAAAUGCUCAAGUUCGUUUGGAAUGACAGUGGAGCGAUCUUGGUGCUGUUGGUGAUACUGAUGUCCAAUGUGGUGACCGGUCAGUACGGUUCGUGUGAUCUGACGUACAAUUACACCAGUGGUCAGACGAGCUAUAUAGAGUCGCCCAACUUUUCCAACUACUAUAUACCGGGCACCAAGUGUCGGUACACAAUAAACGCCCCGGUGGGCCAUACGUUGUACGCGCAGUGCUACGAUAUGUAUCUGCCGUCGAGUACGGGCUGUUACUACGACAAGCUGGCCAUCUCGCGGUUCGGCGAUCCCAAUCUGAGCGAUGCGAUUGUACGCUGCGGAACGACCACAUUCAACGUGGAAAGCCAGUACAACAAGCUGGUGGUGGCUUUGCUGGGGAGCACGAGUACGUCCGGGGGAAGGUUCCGUUGUCAGAUUACGGCGCUCAAGCUUGCCUGCGACUGUGGACGUCACAAAACGCCCACGAUCGUCAACGGAUUUCCCACGUUGACAAACGAGUACCCGAUGAUGGCAGGAUUAGUGGACAACAGUUUGGCGAAGGUGUUCUGUGGAUCCACAAUCGUUACCGAUCGUCAUGUGCUUACUGCUGCUCACUGUCUGCUGGAUAGAACAGUUACCGGUACAAGCGUUCUCGUCGGCGAUCAGGACAUAAGCACCGGCUCCGACACCCCCUAUUCGUCGCUUUACCGCAUCUCCACCUUCACACAGCAUCCGAGCUAUAAUCCUACUUCUAAAACGAACGAUAUCGCACUGGUGCAAACGUUCAACACGAUCGUCUUUAAUCCGGGCGUCGGCCGGGUGUGUCUUCCGUUUUUCUUCAGCACGUCCAGUUUCGAAAAUGUUCGGCUCAGUGCGCUUGGUUGGGGCGCGAUCGACUUCGGUGCUCCAUCGUCGAAUGAGCUGCUGCAGACAACGCUGACUGUGGUGUCAUCCACCAGCUGUGGCACACAGCUCUCCCGCACGAUCCUUGCGUCGCAGAUGUGUACGUUCGCUGCCGGUAACGAUACUUGCCAGAAUGAUUCGGGCGGUCCACUGUACUAUACCGAUCCGAACAGCCAACUGGUCUACAGUAUCGGUGUGGUAGGGUUCGGUGUGGCCUGCGCAUCGAGCUUCCCGAGUGUGAACACGAGAGUUACCUCGUAUCUGGAUUGGAUCAGUAGUACCACAGGGUAUACGUUCUGUGAGAAGUAAUUCGGGUUUAAUAGUGAUAAUACAGUGCGAGUAAUGGUAAUAAGUAAGAUUCUCUUGACGUUGAGUUAUAAGUGGAAUACAUAUUCAAUUGUAGCUAGUUAUGCUUGAGAUCCAUUUUGUCUUGGUAUGAUUAAAGAUUAUAAGUAUAGACAUUAGAAAUAUCACCUGUAAUGGAUCGUCUAAACGUUGUUCUGUAAUUUUAAACUAUAAUCGUCAUAAUCAUAAAUUAAAUGAUGUGUUUAAAUAUGGGGUUGCCACAGCCAAGCUACACGUUUCGGACGACAUUGGACGAUGCAAUAAAUCCGUUAAUGACAACUGUAGAAUCUCAUACCAAAAUUCAAUGCACGGCAAAUACGUAAAAAGGGAUCAGAAUCGCCAAUGCAGGCUUCUUUCUUAGGGACAAUCAUCUAAGUCAAGCAACGACCUGGGUCGGAGCGAAGGGACAUAAAAUUUUAGGCUGGAAAGUAGCGCCGGUAAGUCAACAGAGUUGUCCAGCAGUUCCACGACAAAUAAUCUCUGGGCAUUGCAAUUGCGUUGCCAGCAUAGUACCGAAGCGUAUUUCAGCAUUUGUCACAAUCAGUAACGGUUAUCAGUGAAAAAAUUAAAUAAAUCUCAUAAAAAUUAGUAAA